AUGGCGGAGGGCAUCGAAUUGGUCUCCGCCAUGAUUACCAGAUACGCUGUAGUCGAAAGCUUGUACCUGCUCGAAGACUCAACACUCCAAAACCAGCUUACCGAUGGCAUCACCAAGCUGUACGUCGCCAUUCUGAGAUACUUGGGUAUUGCAAAGACCUACUACAAUAAGAGCACAACUAGUCAGUAG